UCGGACUGCGCUCUGCUGUAUGGCACCGACACUGGGCACCACACUCAGGGCUAGUGCAUCUGGUGCCAAUGGAAGAGGAAGAGACGAGGAGAUGCGGGUCGGUGCCGAGGAUGCACCUGCUGCUGCUGUUGCUGCUCGUCUCCGCCCAGCCAGGCAACCCUGAGCUCAUCAGUUCACACAGCGUUCAACAAUGGGCCAAGAUGCUCGGCAUGGAGCUGUGGACGUACGGCAAGUACGUGACGAGGAGGGACGAACUGCUCCACAGGUACAAAGAACACGCGACUGUGAUGGAGAGGUCAGGCUCAGGCAUCGUGCAGGACAUGGCCAGAGACGUCAAGGACAUGAUGGACCUCAAAAUCAGCGCCGUCAAGAGAAUAAUGGACGCUGCGGAAAACACGGCCAUGUCCCAUCACGACGAGUUGGUCCUCGAGCACGAUUACUUGAACGCAAAGCUGAUGGUGCCCGAGGGUGAGCAGGUUCCAAAGGGAGGCCGCGAAAUGGUUCUCACCCCAAACUCGCACUUUUACAACAUCCCAGUAAACACGUCCGUCUCUUCAGUGCAUGUGCCAACUAACGUGUUUGAUGGCGCGCCUGACGUCAUGCGCGCCAUCAAGUGGUCCGAAAACUUGGACAGCAUUUUCACCAACAAUUACAGAAUGGACCCGUCUUUGUCUUGGCAGUACUUUGGUAGCUCUUUUGGGUUCAUGAGACAAUAUCCAGCUUUGCAGUGGAAACAGGAGCCCGUGGACUUGUACGACUGCAGGACGCGAGGGUGGUACAUUGAAGCGGCAACUAGUGCCAAGGACGUCAUAAUCCUGGUCGACUUUUCUGGCUCAAUGACUGGGAUGCGCAAGGAAAUCGCUCGGCACGCGGUCACAAACAUCUUAGAUACGCUGAGCAACAACGACUUCGUCAACAUUUUCACCUUCUCGGAGGAAACGCAAGAGCUCAUUCCGUGCUUCAGAGACACGCUUGUUCAAGCAACUUUGGCCAAUGUGAGGGAGUUGAAAGGAGCCCUUGAAGAACUUGAGACGAAAGACAUCGCCAACUUUACCACUGCCCUAAGUAGAGCGUUUGAACUUCUGCAAUGGGCUCGCGAGGAACGAUACGGAGCCAAUUGCAACCAGGCAAUCAUGUUGGUCACCGACGAGGUGCCUGCCAUGUACGAAGAGCUCUUCCAAGAGUACAACUGGAAAGAUUUGCCAAAGAUGCCGGUCAGGAUGUUCACGUACUUGAUUGGAAGGGAGGUGCCUGACGUUGAGCGCAUCAAGUGGGUCGCUUGUGCAAAUCAAGGGUACUAUGUCCAUUUAAGUACGUUGGCGGAAGUAAGGGAGCAGGUUCUGCAGUACAUUUCGGUAAUGGCGAGACCAAUGGUGCUCCAUCGGACAGAGCAUCCGGUCGUCUGGACUCCUGUUUACGCUGACGUCACCGAUCCAAAAAUGACGGAUUGGUUGUGGGAGAUGAAAGAAUGCGCCGAGCAAAAGGAGCGAUUUGAGAGCUACAGGCGGGACAAGGAAAAGUUUGACUCAAAGGAGGAGCAAGACCGACGCUUUGCCAAAAAGCUCAGAAGGACUCAAGAUCAAACGAGCGGCGACUUGAUCAAAUAUCAACUAAUGACCUCCGUGUCCAUGCCGGUGUUUGACAGACGCGAAAACGCAAACAUUACAGAGAGAAUUCUAAUUAACGAGGCGUACUGGGUAAAGCGCACACGAGAGACCAGGGUAGCAAACUUGCUCGGUGUAGCGGGCACGGACGUCCCCAUCCAGGACAUUUUGAAGCUGUUGUCACCACACGUGCUUGGUGUCAACGGCUACGCCUUCAUUAUAACCAACAACGGCUUCAUCCUGACCCACCCUGACCUCAGACCGGUGUUCCAAGAUAUCCUCAAGCCCAGCUAUAAUAGCGUGGACAUGAGUGAGGUCGAAUUGAUGGACACUGAGAAUGAGGCCCGCGAUCUCACCGACGCCAUGAAAGCGUUUCGUGAUGCCGUGAUUAAUCAAUCUACUGGCACCGUCACGCUGGACACGAGAUACCACUUUGACGGAAUGCGACGGUCAGCUCGCAUGCGGCGGCAUUAUUAUUACACGGCCAUACCUUCGACGCCCUUCACCCUGGUUGUCUCGCUGCCCGACAAGUACGGCGCCAGCAGAGUGCACGGGGUUGAGGAAAUUAGAAGGAGUUUGGCCGAAGGUCAAAAUAUAAUGUCGUAUUUCAAAGGCAAAAACUGGAGGGUCCACCCUGACUGGAUCUUCUGCAAAUACCACUACGACACGGAACACCCGUUCGAUUCCGCGGAACACGAGCUGCUGCACUUUUUGGAGCGCGCCCAGCGGCCAGGGUGGCACUGGCCCCUGCGGAGACUCUUCACCCCACCCGAACGCCAGCAGGGUGAGACGGCCGGUAGAGGUGGCAGCGGCAGGGCGCGCACGCGGCCCCCUCCCCCCUCCAACAUUUCACCGGGUGGGAAAAACGGAAAAGUUGACAAGGACUCGUAUUACUGCGAUAGGACUCUGUUCCUUUCACUCCUAUUUGACGCAAAAAUGACAGAAGGAUUUUCGCAAAAUUUCACAACAAAUACUCAAGACGACUCAGAACCAAUGGCAAUGUUCAUGGUUUUACUCACAAGAAAGGGACUGAAGGAGCAUUUUGGAAUUACGGUCUCUUUCAUCGCCACGCACACCGGUCUCACCAGGUGGCACGAUUUUCCACUCGGACUCGACCCGGAGGACGCCACAGUCGAAGGGCAAUUCAGCUCGCACCACAAUAGAGCCACAGACGAGUUGUGGUACCGCAGGGCUGUGGAGCAGCACAUGACCCAGCCGGACAGUUUCGUGUACUCGGUGCCCCACGAGAUAGGCCACCAUAAUGACACCCUGAUCACCGCCAGCCACGCUCUCUUCCUCUACAAGAACGAGCGAAAGGCUCCGGUCGCGGUCGUUGGAUUUCAGUUUCUGCAGUCGGCCCUCUUCAACCGAUUCAUGAACAUCACUUCAUACAAAUGCACCGGUCCAAAUUGCAAGAGAUCGUGUUCCUCUCUGAAUGUGGCGUGCUAUCUUCUGGACAAUCACGGAUACAUAAUUAUUUCAAAGAACCUUCAAGAGACGGGACACUUUUUCGGAGAAAUUCAAGGAUACGUCAUGCAGACUAUGAUUGACGAGGGAAUUUUCCAAAGGAUUCGGAUUUACGACUACCAAGCUGUUUGUUUCAAAGGAGACGGAGUUACAAGUGACGCAACUCCGGCCAGAGUGAAGCAGCACAUUUUAGGAUGGUUCUUUGAUUGGUUGGUCAGCCGCUUUUUCUGGUUUUAUGUGCAGUCGAGUUUGCAAGAUAUUUGGCACAUGUCAUGGGCCUUUGUUACUGAGGAAGCCUAUGACGCGUACGAAGAGGACACCACCGAGUCUGGCAAGCCGGGAGACCGCCACAAACGCAACGAGGGCAAAGUCCUCAUCAACAGGACCAGGCCGCAGGCGUGCGACCAGUAUGUGGACCUGUACCAAUUGAGUGCGCGUCUCCGGACGGCCAGCGACAAGCCGUCCAGAGUGACGAGCGACAAAAAGGGCAAAUCGCCCACCAACAAUAAUAGAUAUGACGCUAAAUGCAACAGGCCGUUUUUGAUAGAGCCUGUGGACGCUAGCAAUAUGUUAUUAGUGGUCGUUGACCUCGAGUGCGAAAUUCCUUUCGCAGAAAUGAGCGUGAUUCCUAGCGAAGUUUCGUAUAAUGAGUCGUUGCCGUGCCACCGCAUUCGGGGGAACAUUCUGCCUCGCAAAACACUUGGCACUUGCAUCAACCACCACCCACGGGAGAAAGAAAUUGAGCUUUGUGGUCGAGCCAACCGGCCACUUCACGCGUGGAGCGGCCUGAUCCUGGCAUUGCUCGUUUGGCUUUCGGCCACAGGAUAAUCUCCAAUCAAUUUUCCCUACACUGUGAUAUAACCAAAUGACGCGUUUUGCCGCCACACCGAGGCAUCGACGUGAAUCGGCGCCCGAGCCGGCGCGAAUCGACCAAGAAAGUAUCGCUCCUUGCAAAAUUUGGGCCACACCGACGCGAGAUUGUGGCAUACUGUGUAUAUUGAUUGUGCGCCGUCAACUGCUCUACUGUGCAUGAAUUGUUGAAUAUAAAACGCAUAUAAAAUGCCUUGUUCAUAUUUAUAUUGCCAUGAUUUGCAGCCACCGACGGAAAUGUUGGGUGCACAGAAUAUUAUAGGACGAGUUGUUUUAUAUUUCUACUUGUGACAUCACAUGACGUGCUUCUACCAUUUGUUAAGUAUUGUGUCUAAAGUUUCCACUUCUAUGUACAUAUUGAAAUGACGUGAGCGGAGGAAGAAGGAUUACUGUAAAUCAAAUUUAACGAUAACGGUUAUGGAACAUGGAUACUAAAUUUUCCUAUUACGAUGCUCUCUUAUCAUCACCAAUUAUGUGAAAUUUAUCAAAAGAAUGUAUUUCUACCGAAAUAAAAUGUUGAGAAAGAA